AAAAUGGUGCCCUAGUUGGCGUUUGCGAAGCUGAGUUUUUUUAAUGAGUUUCCUCGAAACGGCGCUCAAAAUGAUCUGGAACGGAUCCUUGCGUAUCCGUCGUGAUUUUAGCAUAUGUAUAUGUUAGCGAGAAUGCGCAGAUAUGCGCUCGUCAGUGACAAUGUGUUUGUGUUCGCGUGCGUUUGUAAACGGACGCUCGAAUGAGAGAGUCCAGUGCGUCGGUGUAAACAUCAGCUGACGGAUUUCUCCCAUCACUCAUUUGAUUGACUCUAUGUCAUCGAUGACUACAAUCUCAUCUUGCCUUCAACAGGCAAACGUAUUGUUGCAAACAGCCAAGCAGCAGCCUGGAAAGUUAAGUCGUGAACAUCGCAAAGAAAAAUACCCGUCGUUGCAACAGAAGCUGACUGAGCUCUAUUUGUCCGAAUGCAAUUUUAAUUUGAGGAACAAGAAUUUGUACAAUGGCUCAAAUCUCCUGGCAAAGCUUGUGUCCAGAGAGAAAUUGAAUUGUCUCGUCCUGAACCUCUAUGCCGGCAACGAAGGUUACUCGCUCAUGCUGAAAACCAAGAAUGGCACAGAAACGGAAACUAUUCGCCUGCCUUACGAGGAAAGUGAACUCUUGCAGUACAUAGACAAUGAAGAGCUUCCACCAAUCCUUGUUGACCUUUUGGAAAGAUCUCAGGCACCAGUAUUCUACAGCGGCUGCAUAGUCGUUGAAGUGCGAGACCACAGGAGGUGCUUGCCAACAAUGGGCACAUUUGCCACGCACUAUGUACUCCUAAGACCAACAACUCAGUCUGUGCUUUGCGACGUGGGCCUGGUGGCACGAGGCGACGGCCACUCGUGGAGUCUCGAGGAUAAGCUCUACCUGGAGGCGGCACUGGUCAUGGCCACUGCAGAGCCGCUCUGCCUGGAGCCCACAGUGGGCGUGGCUGUCGUAUCCAACUGGCUGCAGCACAAGAAGGCGCGUCUCAGCAAUCACAUGAUCAGCAGAAUGGCAAAGAAACACAGUCAAGUGGCCAUCAAUCGUCGGAAAAAGCUGGAGCAAUGCGCGACACCACCGUACCUGAGGGCACAUGACUUCAUCACGCAGUACCGAAAAAGGGUGCCGGCAUCAACACCGCUUCCAACCAUGCCUUCCAAGGCUGACUUCUGGGUGCAGAAAAGGGCCACGAUGCCAGUUCCCCAAGAGAUUGAGGUGGAGAAGCUGGCACGUGUCAAGGAACCCCCCAAGCCCACACUGGACAACACGCCGCUGGUGGUGCAGGAGUUUGUACUGGAAACGGAGCCCAACACGGGCAAGCUCACCCGUGUAACGAUCCUCCAAAGGCCCACCGAUGAACAGUUCUUCGGCCGGCUCUACGUUGACCGGGAAGGAAAUAACAAGGGCACCAGCUGCGAAUUCAAUCUUGGCAGUCAAGCCAACGUUACCAGGUACCUGGACCAGUUCCGAGAAAUUUUCACCGAGGAGGGCCGCAAGGCUGUGAAGAUCACCCACUUCGUUCCUGGCAAACCACCUGUGGUCCUUGACUCCCAAAGCAUGUCUGGUGGCUUGGACGAACUGUGUGAAUUGUCGGCCGUAGUGCCACUCACGAAGGCACAGGGACCGCUCAGUCAAUCGCCACCUGUGCUAGCAGCUGCCGAGAACAGGAAAGAGCCAGUGAACAUGAACAUCCUGGAACCCAACCACGGUCACACAGUGUGUCCUGAUGACGCUACCAGCAAACCAAACCAGGCAUCCAGUAUAUCAAAUGCACUGCUAGCGCAGUCGCCGGAGGUUGUCAGUCUUCCUAACAUCAGUUUAUCGCAGAAUGUUGGCCUGCAUAAUUUGAUGUCUCUGACGGGCGUCAAUUUAUCCUCUGCGAUUCCCGUGCCUAUUUCACUGACCAUGGUUCCUGUGACGCAGUCUAGCAUGCUUGUUGGAGCAACUGGAAGCCUGCAUGGUCAGAUCCAGGACACAUCUGUACAGAAUAUUCAGUCUGCUGCGAGCGUAGCACAGACAACAAAUGUGGCAUCCAUGGCACCAUCAGCUGUCAUUGUGUCCUCUGGAGGAAUGGUGAACCCAGUGUCAACGGUGCUGAGCCCCGCGUCAGGUGUGCUCUCCGUGCCGCUGACAGUGGCCACCCUCGGCGCACAAACACUGACGGCUCAAUUGGUGGCACCCACCCUGAAGGCUGCACCUCCUCAGGGCGUUCGCAGCGCACCUGCACCUGUCUCUCUGCUUCAGGUUCCUGGGGGCCAGCAGACACUGCCACUAAUUGGGACACUGCCUCGGCAGAUGCCUCCGGCUGCACCAAAUGUUGUGAACAGCGCUGCAGGACCGACAACUGUGCACAAUCAGCAGCUGCAAAUGGCUCUGCAGAAGCAGCUACAACUUCAAGCGCACAGCACAGCUCCUCAGCAGCCCAGUGGAGGCAGCAGUGGGGCUGCCGCAAGGCAACGCAGCCGUAAAAAGUCUGGCAAAACAUAGCAUCGCUCGCAGUGAUACAUCCAGAACCAUUUCUAUGGGCCAACUGAAACAAAAUUUUAUAAUUGGUGUACAAUAUCGAAGCAAGCCUAGCAACUCCAGAGCCGGCAGUUGUCAAUUACUUAUAAUCAUCCUUGAGGUAUGCAAUGGUGUCGCCAGAUGCCGGGCAAACUCUAUGGCCUCUGAUGCGCCACUCAUCACAUACCCCGUUUCCGGUAGAGCCAGUGGGAUCCCUAACAAUCUGGGCAUUGCAUAAUUUCUGGCAAGCAACUCCUUCACCCAAAAUUAUUGUUUUUGUGAACAAUCUGUUGUAUUGCUAGUUGUCAUAAACCUUAAACUGGUUUCCACAGUUUAAAAUUUUGUUGCAGUUGGCUAAUAACACUUGUGAUGUUUUUCAAAUAGGCCUUAUUUACCAUCAUUUUCUUUAGGUAAGCAUGUCCCUUCUUGUCAGUUCCAUUUCCAGCAUCAAAGGCAGCCAGUUUCACAAUUUUUCAAAGUCCCUUCUAGGUUGCAUGCACAACGUAAUAGCAGUCACCCCUUGCUUUUAGUUUGCCCGUUACAUCGAAAAUGCCAUGCAUCAACAGUGCACCACAGUUUUCCAGCUUUCGAGUAGUCAUCAAGCACAUUAUGUUACAUUGUUAGUUUGUUUUUUACAUUAUGGAAGAGUGUUAUGCCACUUUUUUUUUAACAUCCGCUUUUACAAAGGUUUUAAAUUGUGCAACCAGAUGGACAGUUUUCAGCGCAUGCCUGUUGAAACUGGUCGCCAAUCAUGACUUGAGAAAUAGUCCUCUUCAUUACGUGCUCACUCCGCGGAAACUUUUACACUCGCAGCCAGCCAAAUAGUUUUCCGUAAAAUAUUCUGCAUGCCGGCCACUAACAUGUGAUCUGGAAAGUUGUUUAAUUAACGAGAGAGGUGCUGAAGAGGAAAGCACUGCUACUGCCUUCAUAAACCACUUUUCAAUGCUGUACAUAGAAACAGAUCAUGCCGAGGACAUUUUUAUGUUGUAGUUAAUAUUAUAUUUUCCCCCUUCCCUUGGUGCAUUGUUUUAAUGUAACAAGGAAUUUCGCACACUUUAUACUAUUUCCCUCGUUGCCACCACGCUACAAAUCGUGUAAAGGUCGUACACCUUGGUCAUACCCUGCCCAAAACUGACACGUACAUGGAGGCAAAUAUGUACAUACAAAAUGAAGUGUGUAAAGAAUAGUUUUUAACUUGCAUGAAGUGUUCCAAAGCAACUCUGUCUUUAUUCUUGAAUGUUGCUGUCGUUAAAUAUGUACAUUUGAAAUGCGCAGUAAAAGUUGACUCUCACUGA